CCGGCACUCUAAAUUUAGCAUGUCUCCACUCGCGUAGCUAUUUUGAUCCCAAAGAAACUUCUAGUGGUCCAUUUGAAGCCAGAAAAGCCGGCGAGCCACACGGACUCGUUCAAUUGCAAGCUCCGACGUCCACGAGGAAAGUGGUGAAAUGGCGGCACCCGCAGUAGGCAUUGACUUGGGCACAACCUACUCAUGUGUUGGAGUUUUCCAACAUGGCAAGGUGGAAAUCAUUGCCAACGACCAGGGCAACAGGACCACACCUAGCUAUGUUGCAUUUACCGAGACUGAGCGCUUGAUUGGCGACGCCGCCAAGAACCAAGUUGCCAUGAAUCCGAACAACACAAUUUUUGACGCUAAGAGACUAAUCGGUCGUCGUUUCGAAGACUCGUCGGUGCAGGGUGACAUGAAACACUGGCCGUUCACCGUCACCAGCGACGGUGGCAAGCCGAUGAUUCAGGUCAUGUACAAGGACGAGCAGAAAACAUUUUCUCCAGAGGAGAUCAGCUCGAUGGUCCUCGUCAAGAUGAAGGAGACCGCCGAAGCUUACCUCGGCAAGUCAGUGAAGGACGCCGUCAUCACGGUGCCCGCCUACUUCAAUGACAGCCAACGUCAGGCCACCAAGGACGCUGGAGUCAUUGCCGGCCUCAAUGUCCUCAGGAUCAUCAACGAACCCACCGCGGCUGCUAUUGCCUACGGACUGGACAAAAAGGCUCAGGGUGAGCGAAACGUCUUGAUUUUUGAUUUGGGUGGCGGCACCUUUGACGUGUCCAUCCUGACCAUCGAGGAUGGAAUUUUUGAGGUCAAGUCCACCGCUGGAGAUACCCAUCUUGGAGGAGAGGACUUUGACAACCGCAUGGUCAACCACUUUGUGCAGGAGUUCAAGCGCAAGCACAAAAAGGACCUGAGCGUCAACAAGCGUGCCCUGAGGCGUCUGCGCACUGCCUGCGAAAGGGCAAAGAGGACCCUUUCCUCCUCAACACAGGCCAGUCUUGAGAUUGACUCGCUCUUCGAAGGCAUCGACUUCUACACGUCAGUGACUAGGGCUCGCUUCGAAGAGCUCAACUCGGACCUUUUCAGGGGCACCCUGGAGCCGGUGGAGAAAUCCCUGAGAGACGCCAAGAUGGACAAAAACCAGAUCCACGACAUUGUCCUUGUCGGAGGCUCAACCCGAAUCCCUAAGAUCCAGAAACUCCUGCAGGACUUCUUCAACGGCAAGGAGCUCAACAGGUCCAUCAACCCUGACGAGGCUGUUGCUUACGGAGCGGCAGUCCAGGCGGCCAUUCUACACGGCGAUAAGUCCGAGGAAGUGCAAGACCUGCUGCUCCUGGACGUCACCCCUCUCAGCUUGGGAAUUGAGACUGCUGGUGGGGUGAUGACCGCCCUUAUCAAGAGGAACACAACAAUCCCAACAAAGCAGACCCAGACUUUUACCACCUACUCAGACAACCAACCUGGAGUUCUCAUUCAGGUUUACGAGGGCGAGCGGGCUAUGACAAAGGACAACAACCUACUGGGAAAGUUUGAGCUGACCGGUAUCCCUCCGGCGCCACGCGGUGUGCCUCAGAUCGAGGUGACCUUUGACAUUGACGCCAACGGCAUUCUAAAUGUCACCGCCAUUGAGAAGUCAACCAACAAAGAGAAUAAAAUUACCAUUACCAACGACAAGGGCCGACUCAGCAAGGAGGAUAUUGAGCGCAUGGUUAAUGACGCCGAGCGAUUCAAAUCUGAAGAUGAAAAUCAACGCACCAGGGUUUCGGCAAAGAACGCACUUGAGGCAUAUUGUUUCAACAUGAAGUCGACCAUGGAGGAUGAGAAGAUCAAGGACAAAAUCCCUGACAGCGACAGACAAACGGUUUUGGACAAGUGCAACGAGGCCAUCCGCUGGCUGGACGCAAACCAGCUGGCAGAAAAAGAGGAAUUUGAGCACAAGCAAAAGGAGCUGGAGGGCGUUUGCGGACCAAUCGUCACAAAACUUUACCAACAAGCUGGAGCCGGCGCUCCACCCCCAGGCGCCGCCGCCGGAGCAGCCCCCGGCGCUGGUGGAGCUGCAGGACCAACCAUCGAGGAAGUUGAUUAAUUGUCAAAAGAGAAUUUUAUGGACCAAAGAUUGUGCAAUUACUGAGGCAAUAAAUUAUUGCUGAGAUACAUAAAAAAAAUUGC